UGACCUGCAGCAAAACAAAAGAAGCAAUUAACGAAAUUUACUCGCAAUUCCGUUUAAGUUUAAGAGGAUACGCCCUUGUUGCAGGAUAAGCCACUGAAACACAUCUGGAGGAGCCACUGCGUCCAAUGCCCCAGCUCCGUAUGGCCAAUGGGAGCGCUGUGAGGGAGCAGCCAGAGUUUGGAAGCGAAUUAAUAACACCCAUUUCCAUGACUGCUGGCUCGUCGUCUGUUGUGAGGGAUUCCCGCCGCCGGUGGCUGUGAUGGAGCGCUAGCUGGUGGCCAGUAUGUGGCCAGCCGCCCUCUCCCGCCUAUUCAGACGCCGCAUCGUGUACAUUGUGCUGGUGGUGCUGCUGCUCAUCACCGGAUUCGGUCACCUCUUUGACCAGGACACCUUUGCGUGUCUGCACUGCGAUGAGUAUAUGGUGCAGCGUACACGGCCGCUGCUGUGGACGCAGCAGCUUCUGGCCCCGGAGGAGCAGCUUAAUCGUACACGCGGCACUCCGGAGGCGCACUGCCGGAACUCGGUGCAAGGCCAUCGCCUGCUGGCCGACGAGCGGGGUUUCGUAUGCCGAAGGCAGGAGGUGCUGCCCAACGGUUGCUGCAACACAGAGCUGCCCAAUAUCGGCUACUACAGCUGCCGCACCUGCAAUGCCACUACACACUGCUGCGGUCUGUACGAGUACUGCGUCUCGUGCUGCCUCCAUCCCGGCCAGCAGCCGCUGCUGGAGCGAGUCCUACGGUCGCCCAACACGCCCAAGUAUAUCUUUGCCAGCGUAAAGGACCAUUUCGAGCUGUGCCUUGUCAAGUGCCGCACCAACUCGCACUCCGUGGCGCACGAGAACAAAUAUCGCGACCCAGCCGCCAAGCACUGCUAUGGCCUCACAGAGGCCCACGAGUCGCAGCGGGAUGUGGCACCCAAGGGAGCCAGUGGCAGCUAAUCCUUGAUCCCAAAGCGUUGAUCGGUGAUCGCAAACUAAAAAGUAACUCAUUAGCAAUUUGUAUUUCCUAUUUCUAGGCUUCCUUGUUGGCAAUACUGUAAAUAGGUCAGGAAUCGCUUAGAUAGGCUCAUAGAUCGUUCAAUUACUGCAAGACUGUUGUAAUAUAUGCACCUUCAGGUAUAUAGUCGAUAUCGCGCGUUACAUGUCUAUGAAAAUCCGGGAUAACCACCGAAGCUUUAUGGGGAACCCUAAAGCAUCAAGCCAUUCAUAUAUGUAUACGUUGUAACAGUUCUGAGCUAUUUGAGCAAAUUUGAGAUCGAAUUUAAAUGUAAGCAUGUUUUUUUUCUUGUAUAUAUUUAAGUAUUUGAGUUAUAUGGGAAAUACCAAAAACAAAGCCCCCACUUCUUGCUCUAUUACUAUGAAUUUGUUUUGUAUAUAAAUCAAGAAAUUAAGGGAAUGACGAACAAAGCCCAAUAGCUCUCUUUAGCUAAGCUUCAGCCUUAAGCUUUAGACCUAAUCUUGUUGGUGUUCUAGUGUAAUUUUGUUUAGAAAAUAUUGUAAAUAUAUCAAAGUUUGCUAUAAGCUAGAGAAA